UAAUUUAAAAAGGUCACCAUUGCAAAUUCCAUUUAGUUAAUUUUUUUUUAAAAAAAAAAAAAAAAAAAUAGAAGAGCUAUGUCAUGUACUGUCUCCGCAAAGGCCCGAGAGUCCGAGACACUUCCAGAGACAAUUCGGAAGCAAAAUCCGCAACACACUCCCUCGCCAUCACUAUACAAACAAACAAAUGAAAAUACCCAUUUGGAGGAGCUUGAGAUUUCAAUGGAGAAGACAGCCCAGAAACUCAGAACCAUCCAUUUAUUUUGCCCUUCACUCUCCACCAUUGCUCCGUUCCUCGCUUCUGACGACCACGGCGUCGAUAUCGGCUCCAUAGCCGCCAUUUUCGGCCUCGACCCUUCAUCGCUGAAGCUCAAUGGCCACUUCCUCAGCCGCGGCCUCGAUCUCGUCUCCUGUGUUACUUGGAACUCGCUUCUCUCUUUCUUUUCUACUAAACGCCUCCCAAUUGGGAGCUCCGACAACGAUGCUCUCCUUGUUGAUGGAAAGCUCUCUAAACUUGGCGUCAAGAGAGCUCAUGGGCAUCAGGAAAUUGUGAGUGGAGAUUGUUGCAAGGCUGAUGAAGAAGAUGACAACGUUAAUGUAAGGAUAAAACCAGAAAGCAACUUGGUCAAGAACAAAAAGAUGAAGUAUAUGGACUUAGGAAGCAAACAUAUGGACUCUCCAGCAUCCAAAUUUGCUCCCAAUGGUUACAAAAGAAAACAAAACAUGGAAGAAGUCAUCUUACUCAAGAAAUUGAAGUUAAACGAAACCAAAUCGGGUUUUGACGAAUUAUCAGAUGGAGGAGUAAGCGAUGCAGCCAAUGUUGCCCAAUGGAUGGCAUAUUCGUGUAGCUUCAAUAGUAAUAUGAAAAGGAUGAGAGAAGAAGAAACACUUGUUUCUGCUUUAUGUAAGAGAAGUAGAUGAACAGAUGGUUUCCUCAAGUCACUGCAUCCUAUUUCUCAACUUUUUCUUCUUUUGAUCGUUGAGGUUUGUAAAUAUGAAGAAGAUGUUUUCUGUGUUCCAUGGUGAUUCUCAAUAUGUAAAUCCAUCGGUUGAUAUAGAAUUGUAGUUUUGUUCACCAUCUUAGUCCAGUUUUUCCUUCUAAGGUAAAUUUAAGGUCAUAUAGAAAAUCUGAUGAAAUGAAGAUUUCACAUCGUUGCCAAAUAUUUUGUUCAUGCCAAAAAACAAAGGAUGAUUCUAAUUGAUUUCUUCAUAGAAUUUUGUC